AUAAACCCGAUCGGCACCGGGCAUCGCGCUCGCGGCUGGCCCGCGACGCUGCGACUUGUUCGAUAAAUCGCAGCCAGUCAGUGAGUCUCCAGUGUGCGUGGCGCGUGCUGCUUACUCCCUUCGUGCGUGUGCAGUCGUCCGAACUCUCGUCCUCAACGCCGCCGCAACAACCUUUGUCUCUUUGUGCCGCCGCCGCCGAAACACGAACAACAAACAAGCAAGCAAACAAGUGCGUAACACGAAAAACCGCCGAGGAUUAUCACAGGCGUGCGCCGAGCGAAAGAAAAACACAAUCUCCACACGAAAAAAAAACAACAAAGUUUGCACACACACAGUUUUUUGUUGUUGCGCCGAAUUCGUAACUCAUCAUCAUCGAAAGGCGCGCGCGCGCGACGUUGAUUUUUUUGUUCGUGCGGCGCGCAGCGUGCAAUUGCAUACGUGUUCCCAGUUCGUCGUCGACGGCACACACGCAUACUCCGCGCUGUGUUUUGUUGUGCGUUACCUGGAAUCGAGAAAAGUUUCGCGACAAGUAAAAAUAUCACAACAACGUAACAACAAGUGCUGCUGCUCUGCGCAUUGUACUCUUGCGGGCAAAUAUGAACGCUUCAUUAUUCACGUUGCUUAAGGCCGCCGAGUUUAUCGAGAGACGCGAUAGAGGACUGGAACAUGGUUACGCAUCGACGCGACCGAUGCCCGACGAUCUCAGAAAUCCGAUGAAAAGGCCAAAGACGAAAAAAUCUCAGGGAAGCAGUUUCUGUUCCAGGACGUCGCAUAACGAACUGGAAAAGCACAGACGCGCACACCUGCGGCACUGCCUGGAUGAUCUCAAGGUGAUAGUGCCCUUGGGACCCGAAGCAUCCAAACAUACUACCUUAGGUCUCCUCACGAAAGCACGCCGAUUCAUAAAGAGUUUAGAAGAUAGAGAUAAGAGGAAGGCGCUGAUAAAGGAGACGCUCAGCAGGGAGCAGCGGUACCUGCGGCGGAAACUGGACGCGCUCGCGAAGAGUCAGGGCUGCUCGCCGACGACGGCGGCGGCGGCGCUGGCGGCGUCCAAGCGGCGCUCCGUGUCCGAGUGUUCGUCGUCGACGAUAUCGAGCAGCCACUCGUCGUCGACGACGUCGUCGCACUCGUCGGCGCCAUCGCCGAUCUCGGAGACAGGUGAGUCCGGCUACUCGUCAUCACCACUUCCUAGCCCAACACUGCUCGCGGCGCGCCACCCGCCACCACCUCCGCCCGGCGACGAUCACGCCUAUCACAGGCACACGGCGGACGUGUUCGAUUACGAUGCACCUGAUGAGGUGGACGUGAUCGGUUAUACGAGCACGCAGAGCGACACCGACGACCACUCGAGCGUGCAAUCGGCAUCGAGCGACAGCGGCGUGACGAUGUCCACCAGCCGCCUGACGCUCUCGGAGAUCCGAGACGUCUACAUGUAGACGCGGCGGUGCAUGGUGGACAAGCCUGCGGUGGCGGCGUAGCCGCCGUCCGGCUACACAAGCAAACGCAGGCGAACGUCGAUGCGAUGUGCGAUCAUACGCGACCAGAGCCAGUCCUCUAGUCAACGAAAAAUUUAUUAAAACAUUGCAAACAAAACCGACACACACCUACACACAACUCCCACACAUAAACACACGAAACACACUCGGUUACAAGAAAUGAAUUAAAGUAAAAAGUAAAAAACCAAACAGAAACUAAAAAUCGAAAUUCUUGGCAUUAAAAUGAGAAAAGAAACAAAAAUAUUAUUAUUAUAUUAAUUAUUAUCUAUGAUUAUUAAUGUAUAUUGUAAAUACAAGUAAAUUAAUUAUUUCCAAAUUAUGAGGAAGGUACGGAGAGCGCGAGAGCGGCUGAGGAAGAGUAUGAGAUAUAUAUUAGAAUAGUCUAACGAUAAAAAAAAGUCGACAGUCAAACUGUCGCCAUCUUGUCUUAUUAGAUAAAGGGAAAUCUUUAAAAAAAUACAAAUUGCCGUUCAAAUAAUGGGGUGAAACCAAACAUAACCAAAAAAAAAAAUUAAUAAAAAAAUAAUAAAAACGCACUCAACGAAAUUCCGUUCAAAAAAACCACACGCAAGCAUUGCAAAUGUUUGCUCUCUGAUUGGUGUAUGUAUUGUACUAGUAAAUGAAUAUUUCAUGCGAACACGAUUGAAUUUUUCUGGAAAAAAAUAUUGUCCCGCAAUCAGUUGAAAAUUGUAAUCAUCCACACACACUUACACACAUACCCCACACACACACAAAUGUAACAAAAACAAAAAAACUGCGAAAACUGCAAAAAAAAUCAAAGCAAAAGAUGGAUGAAAAUUUCUUCGUAUUCUAUAUUAGUUUAAAUUAAUUAUAUAUAUAGUUUUAUGUUAAAUUAAUUAAAACCCCCAGCGCCCCCCGCAAAUCAAGAGGAACAAAAUAUUUAAUACCUUUAAAUAUUAUAUUUUAUCUAUUAUAUUAAUUGCCGUGACGGGAAGUAAAUUUUAAAUUUUAAAACAAAAAGAAAUUGAUUGCGCAUGCGCGGUAGGGAUGCGCGAGCCACCCCGCCAUCUACAUGGCUACAAAACAAACAGAUCUCCGGCUCGUUUGCGUCCCCGCCGCUGCACACACACACGUAUCUAAUUGUUUUGUUGUUGAUGUUGAUGAUGUUGAAAAUUAUGAUUUUUACGCAAAACACUGAAAUACACACCUUGAGCUAUACUAAAUUAAGAACUGUGCGGGUCGCAACAUCCCCGCCCGCACGCAAAGAGUACAAAUUCUUUAUAAAAUAAAGUAAAAGCAUACAAACAAACAAAAAAGUAACAAAAUAAUAAUCGCGAGAAGACACAGGAGAAAUAAUAACACGCGCAUGGGGUUCCCGCCGGCUUGAUAAGGCGGGAACCUCGGCCAAUUUAUAUUUUUUGACGCGGGCACCGGACGCGCGCCGGACACACAUGAUUCUCUCAUAUAUAGUUUGUAAAACACGACGCGCCGCCGAUUGUCUCUUUUGGCGGCGUGCUGCGUUGUGUUUUGUGUUUUUGGAUUUGUAAACAAAAGCGAAACCGGAAAAAUGAAUCCGCGCUGCGCCGUUCGUCGUCCCAGCGAGAACUGAGCCUCUAAAAAGUAUGGUGUGAGUGCGUGUGCGUGUUUCGAGAGCUUGACAGGUGAUUGCACGGGUACUGAUAAUAAUAUAAAAUAUAAAAUAACCACCGACACACACACACGAAAUAUUCAAAUGGAACGUGCGCGCGGUAGCGAAACGAAUGAAACACAAAAAAAAUUCACAAACGAAACAAAAACCAAAAAAAUGCAUAAAAUAAAUAAAUGAAAAACACUGACACACACACACAUUAAGUAUAAUAUUACAAAAAGCAUUAAUAAUAAUUACAAUACUAUGCAAUUAAUUGAAUUGAAUGCGUUGGAUGGCGUUUUCGAUGAUGUUGAUGCUGCACGUUUGUUGCCGUGGGGUCCAAUGAGGGAAUUAUUUUUGUACGACGGCGAGAGAAGUUUCUGCGGUGGUCAGGAGAUGAAAAACCAACGCCAGGCGGGCAGCGCGAUGCGCGAUAUUACAAAAUGGCGGCUCGAAAACGCCGACGCAUCCAUUUACAAAAUACAAUACAAGUACAUAGAUUAUAAACGAUUACAAAAUACAAAACGAGUAAAAAAAAUCCAAAAAAAUCUUAAUUAUUAAAUAAAUAUAUAUUGAAACAAAAACGUGGAAGGUAAACAAUGAAGAAAUGGAGAAUAAAGAAAAAAAUAACCACAAAAAUACAAAAAAAGUUUCUAUAAAUGUCUGCUUCUCUUAGUCUACAGUUUGCAAAUGAUGAUAAAUCAAUAGGAUUUUUUCUGUGUUCUAACCUUAACGAUUAUAAAUUAAAUAAAUUACAUUACAAGUACAAUAAACGGUGGGCAACCAACAAUACAUGGCGGGCGACACACACUCAUUCAACUCUUUGUCUUAUCAACGUCUCGUAGCAAGCAACACUCUCGUAUGUAUUCGGAUUUGAUCGGCGAUGAGAGAGGUUGAGUUUUUUCGGAUUCACCUACACACAAUUUUGAGCGCUUUGUUUUUGUGUUGUUGUUGAGGAGUGUAAAAAAAGUAAUUAAUGUGUAUAUAUUAAAGCAAAUACUAAGCAAAUUGAUUAUUGAAAAAUAAGCGAUUGACUACUGACUGAAUUUACGAAAGAAUUUAAAAAUACACACCACCACCAUUGCGACACUUGAAGAGAGUGGAGAGCGAUGGAAUUAUAAAAAAGGGGGCUGCUUCGGAAACACUUGUCCACUUGUUUGAUGUGCGUGUAUGUUGAAAUUUCUAGCUGAAAGGGAGGGGAAAUGUUUGUUCACGGUUUACGAGUAAUGACAAUGUCUAGAUAUGUUGUAAGGUUAGGAUCAUCAAAGAAAUCCAGCGCAAUCAAAGAGUUAUUCAUUAAUUACUUGAAAAGCAAGAAUUGUAUAAAUGCAAUUUUAAAAUAUUUGAAUGACAUAUUUAAUGUCAAAUAGUAUGCUGAAGAAAUCAUUUUUGUAACUAUUUUAGUUUUUGUGUAAUUGAUUAAUAACAUAGGCUACACUUCUUACAGAUGUUUGGAAAAAUUGUGUUUUUUCUUAGUUAUUAAUAAAUUACUCAAAAACUAAUUGAGUUAUAAUAAUAAUUCUUUCACUAAACGAUUCUGUAUUAAAUUUUGCAUCGAUUUAUGUUAUAAAUUUGUAAUUUAUUAAAAUUUAUCCAAUUAAAACAGUUUUUCUUCAAAGAAUUACAAAA